AUGAAAUCUUUAUUAAGGCGUGCUUUACAACAAGUCACAGUUUCUACCGAUGUCACUCAAGACAAUUCGGGAAGGUCUGGUGUGAAAAAGAGGCCCGCUGUGUUCAGAAAUCGAAAAGCCGGUCAUCUCAAACGUGUGAGAAAUGAACGACAUCAAAAAUCUCGUGGUAAAAACCAAAGUUGGAAGACCGUUCGGGAUCCGUCGAAACGUCGAAAACGCCGCUCCGUGAAGAGCACCGUACCUGUUGAGCCAAUUUCCCUGGUCGAGGAUGCUCAGCUGAUUAAUUUGGGUAAGAAAAUUGUUCAGAGCCGUCGUUCACUCAUGGGCAAAAAGAGGAUAACAAAGCAACCUACCAAACCGGUGAACAGUAUCCUGUUUCGCGAUCUGGACAUGGAUAUAAAAGACAUCAUCUGUUCCUAA